AUGGCAGUGCCUGGUCUGUGGCCCUGGGGAGCCUGCCACCUUAUGAUUCUCUUCUCCUUGGGAUUUGGCCUGGAUACACUAGAGGUGUGCCCCAGCCUGGACAUCCGCUCAGAGGUGGCAGAGCUGCGGCGGCUGGAGAACUGCAGCGUGGUGGAGGGCCACUUGCAGAUCCUGCUCAUGUUCACGGCCACGGGGGAGGACUUCCGCGGCCUCAGUUUCCCCCGCCUCACCCAGGUCACCGACUACCUCCUGCUCUUCCGCGUCUACGGCCUGGAGAGCCUGCGGGAUCUCUUCCCCAACCUCGCGGUGAUCCGGGGGGCGCGCCUCUUCCUGGGCUACGCGCUGGUCAUCUUCGAGAUGCCACACCUGCGCGACGUGGGGCUGCCCGCGCUGGGGGCUGUGCUGCGCGGGGCUGUGCGCGUGGAGAAGAACCAGGAGCUCUGCCACCUGUCCACCAUUGACUGGGGACUGCUGCAGCCUGCGCCCGGUGCCAACCACAUCGUGGGCAACAAGCUGGGCGAGGAGUGUGCAGACGUGUGCCCAGGGGUGCUGGGAGCCGCUGGUGAGCCCUGUGUCAGGACCACCUUUGGUGGGCACACGGACUACAGGUGCUGGACCUCCAGCCACUGUCAGAGAGUGUGUCCCUGUCCCCAAGGCCUGGCCUGCACGGCCGGGGGCGCCUGCUGCCAYGCCGAGUGUCUGGGGGGCUGCAGUCGGCCUGAAGACCCUCGGGCCUGCGUGGCCUGCCGCCACCUGUACUUCCAGGGAGCCUGCCACAGAGCCUGCCCUCCAGGCACCUACCAGCAGGAGUCCUGGCGCUGCGUCACGGCCGAGCGCUGUGCCAGCCUGCGCUCGGUGCCCGGCCGCGCCUCCACCUUCGGCAUCCACCAGGGCAGCUGCCUGGCCCAGUGCCCGCCAGGCUUCACCCGCAAUGGCAGCAGCAUAUUCUGCCAUAAAUGCGAGGGGCUGUGCCCGAAAGAAUGCAAGGUGGGCACCAAGACCAUCGACUCGGUGCAGGCGGCCCAGGACCUGGUGGGCUGCACCCACGUGGAGGGGAGCCUCAUCCUCAACCUCCGCCAGGGCUACAACCUGGAGCCCGAACUGCAGCGCAGCCUGGGGCUGGUGGAGACCAUCACUGGCUUCCUCAAAAUCAAACACUCCUUCGCACUCGUGUCCCUGGGCUUCUUGAAGAACCUCAAGCUAAUCCGGGGGGAUGCCAUGGUGGAUGGGAACUACACUCUGUACGUGCUGGACAACCAGAACCUGCAACAGCUGGGGUCCUGGGUGGCCACUGGGCUCACCAUUCCUGUGGGCAAGAUCUACUUUGCCUUCAAUCCGCGCCUCUGCUUGGAGCACAUCUACCGAUUGGAGGAGGUGACGGGCACCCGGGGUCGGCAAAACAAGGCUGAGAUCAACCCCCGCACCAAUGGAGACCGCGCUGCCUGCCAGACUCGCACCCUGCGCUUCGUGUCCAACGUGACGGAGACGGACCGCAUCCUGCUGCGCUGGGAGCGCUACGAGCCGCUGGAGGCCCGCGACCUGCUCAGCUUCAUCGUCUACUACAAGGAGUCCCCAUUCCAGAAUGCCACAGAGCAUGUGGGUCCAGAUGCCUGUGGAACUCAGAGCUGGAACCUGCUGGAUGUGGAGCUGCCCCUAAGCCGCACCCAAGAGCCAGGGGUCACCUUAGCCCCCCUGAAGCCCUGGACACAGUAUGCAGUGUUUGUGCGGGCUAUCACACUGACCACUGCUGAGGACAGCCCUCAUCAAGGAGCCCAGAGCCCGAUCGUCUACCUCAGGACCCUGCCUGCAGCACCCACGGUGCCCCAAGACGUCAUCUCCACGUCCAACUCCUCCUCCCACCUCCUGGUGCGCUGGAAGCCACCGACCCAGCGCAACGGAAACAUCACCUACUACCUGGUCCUGUGGCAGAGGCUGGCGGAGGACGGCGACCUCUACCUCAAUGACUACUGCCACCGUGGCUUGCGGCUGCCCACCAGCAACCACGACUCCCGCUUCGACCGCGAAGAUGGGGAACUCGAGGCCGAGACCGAACCGGGCUGCUGCCCCUGCCAGCACUCACCUCCUGGACAGGCCCUGCCGCCGCUGGAGGCGCAGGAGGCCUCGUUCCAGAAGAAGUUUGAAAACUUUCUGCACAACGCCAUCACCAUCCCCAAGUCCCCUUGGAAAGUGACCUCCCUCAACAAGAGCCCUGAAAGGGACUCGGUGCGGCACCGCCGGGCCGCCGGGACCCUCAGACUAGGGGGCAACAGCUCGGAUUUUGAGAUCCAGGAGGACAAGGUUCCCCGAGAGCGGGCUGUGCUGAGCGGCUUGCGCCACUUCACCGAGUACCGGAUCGACAUCCACGCCUGCAACCACGCGGCGCACACCGUGGGCUGCAGCGCGGCCACCUUUGUCUUUGCGCGCACCAUGCCCCACAGAGAGGCUGAUGGUAUCCCAGGGAAGGUGGAGUGGGAGGCAGCCAGCAAGAGCAGUGUUCUCCUGCGGUGGCUUGAGCCACCGGACCCCAAUGGACUCAUCCUCAAGUAUGAAAUCAAGUACCGUCGCUCAGGAGAGGAAGCCACAGUGCUGUGCGUGUCCCGGCUGAGAUAUGCCAAAGUUGGUGGGGUCCACCUGGCCCUGCUUCCCCCUGGGAACUACUCUGCGAGGGUUCGUGCCACUUCCCUGGCUGGCAAUGGCUCUUGGACGGACAGUGUUGCCUUCUACAUCCUUGGCCCAGAGGAGGAAGACUCUGGCGGUCUGCACGUCCUCCUCACUGUCACCCCCGUGGGCCUCAUGCUGCUCAUCAUUCUUGCUGCCCUCGGUUUCUUCUACGGCAGGAAGAGAAGUGGCACCCUGUAUACCUCUGUGAAUCCGGAGUACUUCAGCGCCUCUGAGAUGUACGUCCCUGAUGAGUGGGAGGUGCCCCGGGAGCAGAUCUCCAUCAUCCGGGAGCUGGGCCAAGGCUCCUUUGGGAUGGUCUAUGAGGGCCUGGCACAAGGACUCGAGGCUGGAGAGAAGUCCACGCCGGUAGCCCUGAAGACGGUGAAUGAGCUGGCCAGCCCACGGGAACGCAUUGAAUUCCUUAAGGAAGCUUCUGUCAUGAAGGCAUUCAAGUGUCACCACGUGGUGCGUCUUCUGGGAGUCGUGUCUCAGGGCCAGCCAACUCUGGUCAUCAUGGAGCUGAUGGCCCGGGGGGACCUCAAGAGCCAUCUUCGGUCUUUGAGGCCUGAGGCAGAGAACAACCCCGGGCUCCCACAGCCAGCACUAGAGGACAUGAUCCAGAUGGCGGGUGAGAUCGCGGAUGGCAUGGCUUACCUGGCCGCCAACAAGUUCGUGCACCGAGACCUGGCAGCCCGUAACUGCAUGGUGUCCCAGGACUUCACUGUCAAGAUCGGGGACUUCGGGAUGACUCGGGACGUGUAUGAGACAGACUAUUACCGCAAGGGUGGGAAGGGGCUGCUGCCCGUGCGCUGGAUGGCCCCCGAGUCCCUCAAAGAUGGAAUCUUCACCACCCACUCAGAUGUCUGGUCCUUUGGUGUGGUGCUCUGGGAGAUCGCCACCCUGGCCGAACAACCCUACCAGGGCCUGUCCAAUGAACAAGUGCUCAAAUUUGUCAUGGACGGCGGGGUCCUGGAGGAGCUGCAGAGCUGUCCCCUUCAGCUGCAGGAGCUGAUGAGCCGUUGCUGGCAGCAGAACCCACGCCUGCGCCCGACCUUCACCCACAUCCUGGACAGCAUACAGGAGGAGCUGAGGCCCUCCUUCCGCCUGCUCUCCUUCUACUACAGCCCAGAGUGCCGCGGAGGCCUGGGCUCCUUGCUACCCACUGACGCAGAGCCCGACUCCCCACUAACUCCAAAAGAGGCCUCAGAGGGCAGCCCCCAAAACGGGGGUCCAGGGCAUUAA